AUGUCUAGCUUUGGAGGUAGACCAUCAUUCGUCCACCAUCCUUUUGCUUCCUUUCUCUCGCUCACCACUAACACAACUAGUGGCUCACGGUUCGUGGCACAACCUCGUUGCCCAUCCUGUUUGUCUUUGUAUGAGGUGAGACAACAAGUAGACCAAAGGGAAUAUGCGAUGAAGGACAUGGUCGAGGUGUUUAGCUCUGGAGGUAGAGAAAGAGAGCUAGUGCGGCAGAUUGACAGAAGGGAAGCCGUUGGAGAAAAUGUCGUCAUUGGGGCGGGGCGACUGCUGGGUUUAGGGAUUUGGAAACUGAUUAUAAUCGAUGUCGAGAGGGAUGAGCGCAAUGGAGAGGGAGAUUGGAUAUAG